UAGUGUCUUAGUAAAAGACAAAGAAAGCAAUGAACUUCCGGUAAUCAAUGGCGAAUCUGAUCGCCAAUAUAAUUCCUAUCUUCAUAUUUUGAUCACCAUCUUCUCGAAGCUCCUUAGAAGGGAAAACCUGGGAAUUCCUCAUCCGCAAUCGGGAUUCUCAGGAAACAAUUAAGAUAUCUUAUUUUGUUUGAGAAAUGAAAGGAAGCGGAGAUUGCCCAGCCACCGAAUUGAAUGGGAGAGAAUUUCAGACAUUGUCAACGACUCUGAUAUUGGAUCGCGUCGGAAAUGUGGUUCUCUCUCUUAAUCCUGACGGGUUGCGUUGGUCCGUAUCUAAUCAGAGCGAAUCUUCUCGUCUGGCUGUAAAUCUUAUUUCUAAAUGUGAAACUGAUAUAGAAAUCCCGGGCAUGUAUGCUGCGGAGUUAAUCAAUUGGGGUCCAGUUCAUGGAUCUGUUCUUACAAAUGCAAAAGAAUAUAUGUACCGCUUUAGUGUGCACGUUGGUCAGAGGUCUAAUAGCCAACCAUCUAUUUGGGUCCCAUCUGUCUUUACUUUUGGCAGCGAAGAUCCGCAGAUCUGCCAAACGUGGGUAAAUCAGAUCAAUAUUUCUCUUAACAGGGAGAUGGGCCGACCCAAGAAUCUUCUGGUUUUUGUUCAUCCAAAGAGUGGGAAGGGCAAUGGUUGUAAGAACUGGGAAUUAGUGGCUCCUAUAUUUUCACGUGCCAGAAUAAAAACCAAGGUGAUAGUGACAGAGAGAGCAGGACAAGCCCAUGAUAUGAUGUCAUCUAUUACAAAUUCUGAGUUGAAUUCAUAUGAUGGUGUUGUAGCAGUUGGUGGUGACGGUUUCUUCAACGAGAUUCUUAAUGGUCUUCUUGCAUCAAGACUUAAAGCUCGUUGGCCACCGGCUCCAGAUGAUAAUCAGUCUCAUGAAUAUAUUGUAGAGCCUUUUGAUCAUGUUGAAGACAAUUCUCUUAUCUCAGAGGGAUCUCAGUUUUCUCUUCCAAAUGAAUGGUUUAGACUUGGAAUCAUCCCUGCGGGAUCCACUGAUGCGGUUGUAAUAUGCACUACCGGAGCUCGAGAUCCAAUGACAUCUGCUUUGCAGAUUGUUCUUGGCAAAAGGGUAAAACUUGAUAUAGCCCAAGUUGUGAGGUGGAAAAUGAUGUCAACAUCGAAGGUUGAUCCCUUUGUACGAUAUGCAGCUUCUUUUUGUGGAUAUGGAUUCUAUGGGGAUGUCAUUGCUGAGAGUGAGAAGUAUCGUUGGAUGGGACCGAAGCGGUAUGAUUAUGCAGGAACUCUGGUAUUCCUCAAACAUAGGACUUAUGAGGCCGAAAUAAGCUACCUGGAAUCUAAAGCCCAGAGCAUGACUAGUUCUGAUUCUGAAAAAGAUAUGUCUAGUAGUAGAAAGCGAACAAUAUGGAGGCAACCUAAAAGAUCAGAAAAGGUGGCUUGUCGAGUCAACUGUCAGGUCUGUGACACAAAAUCAACCAGUACUACAUUACAAAUACCAACCCUUUUCCCAUCACAAGACACAGAAGAAACAAGAUGGGUAAAAACUAGAGGACGGUAUCUGAGCGUUGGUGCUGCUAUAAUCUCUUGCCGGAAUGAAAGAGCUCCUGACGGUCUGGUGGCUGAAGCCCAUCUUUCCGAUGGCUUCUUACAUCUUAUAUUGAUUAAAGAUUGUCCUCAUGCAUUGUAUCUAUGGCACUUAACUCAGCUGGCAAGAAAAGGUGGGAACCCGUUAGAGUCCGAAUUUGUUGAGCAUCACAAAACAAAGGCUUUUACAUUUACAUCUUCCGGCAAGGAAAGCUCAUGGAACCUGGACGGUGAGGUAUUUCAAGCCCACCAAUUGUCGGCUCAAGUACUUCGUGGUCUGGUUAGCUUGUUUGCAUCUGGCCCUGAUGCAUAGCCUGUUAGGCGCAUGAAGAAAUUGUUGUAUACUUAGUUAGAUAAUUAAUUAUGUUGGGUCACUCAUGUUUCAUGUAUUCUCAAACAGUCUGAUGAUGAUUUUUUAGCCCCGACAGUUUAUAAUAUAUUUCUUUUUUUUUUCCCUGGAUUGUUGUAAAGCUUGAAUUGUGUAAAAAUUGAGGAAAAUGAGGCUAUGGUUAACCCAUUUCUGGCUGGCAAUCCUCAAAGUCAGUCCUUUAUUUGAAAAUAGAUGUUUUCUAUGCUUGUCUAUAUC